AUGGGAAGACUUCUCCCGAUUACGAGCUUCUAUUUGUACUUGGAGACAACGCAUCCAGACAUCGUGCGCCGCGUACUCUUAGGCCAAACGUACAAAGGACGCAAUAUGCGGCUGCUGAAGGUCGGUCGUCUCGACGCCAACGGAGCAUUCAGUGAUCCCACUAAACCAUCCAUCUGGGUGGACGGAGACAUCCAUGCACGCGAGUGGAUCUCGAGCGCCACGGUGACCUUUGUGCUUAACCAGAUGGUGACAGGCAGCAGUAACAAAUGGAUGUACGAGAAUCUGAACUGGUAUUUUGUGCCUAUGAUCAACCCGGUGGAUACGACUACAGUUGACAGACUCUACACCCAUAAAACCGUAAUAGCUCUUAUGGCAUUCGGCUUCGAUGAGUUUUUCAUCGUUUUGCGCAUGAAGGACCGUUUGUGGCGGAAAACCAGGAGGAUUGAUCCAUUUAGCGAAUGCAUGGGUGUGGAUCCCAACCGAAAUUACGACUUUAUGUGGCAGAAUCCCUGCAGCCUCACCUACGGCGGCGCGUCGCCCUAUUCCGAGCCGGAAUGUAUGCUUAUCUUCGAAAAGAUUCUGGAUUUUCGGCGGGAAUUGCGGGCCUUCCUGACCUUUCAUUCCCACUCCCACUUGCAGUCCUCUUGUCUCCACAGCGAACUGGCGGAAGUCCUGCAAAAGUAG